UUAAAGUAUAGAAUAUAUGCACAGGUUAUAUGCAAAUACUGCCUCAUUUUAUAUCGGACACUUUAGCAUCUGUGGAUUUUGGCACCCACGGAGGUCCUGGAACCAACCCUUCAGGAUUCCAAGGACAACUGUAUGAUGCAGGCACACCUCUCCUAGCUGCUCAAGGGUCGUGGGAUGCAGGCAGGUCUUCUCCCCCUUCCCCCUCCCUCCCACACACCUUCCCUCCCGUCUCUCUCCCUCUUUCAUUCACGAAGUCAGCAGUGGCCAAGCACACAGCUGGAAAUCUGGGAUAUUGAGGAAAGGUAAAAAGUCCCAGGACUGAAGCCACAGGCCCGCAUCUUCCUCCCUGGGUCUCCAGCAGUGGGCCCUCUCCGCUGGGCUCGGCAGCCUCUGCUGGGGCUGGGCCCUCUCCGCUGGGCUCGGCAGCCUCUGCUGGCCCUGGGGAGGGCGGGGCUGGUUGCCAAGACCUCAGGUGGUAUGGAGCCGGAAGCAGGAAGCAGCCUGUGCUCCCCAGACCUGCCUGGUUGAGGGAGUUGGAGGCUUCUAGGAGGGCAGGCGGCACUGUGCACGCCGAGAUGGCUGUGUCCACAGAGGAGCUGGAGACCACAGUUCAGGAAGUCCUGGGGAGACUGAAGAGCCACCAGUUUUUCCAGUCCACAUGGGACACUGCUGCCUUCAUCAUCUUCCUCAUCUUCGUGGGUACGGUGCUGCUCCUGCUGCUGCUGGUCAUCGCCCACUGCUGGUGCUGCAGCUGCUGUGGCUCCCCUGGGCGCCGCAGGGCAAGCCCCAGGAAGGUGAGCCCCUGGAAGGAAAGACCCAAGGGAGUGGAUAACUUGGCCCUGGAACCCUGACCCUGUGUGUCCUGCCCCGUGGCAGUAACAAAGCCUUGUCUGCCCAGA